UUUGCAAACUCUAAGCUCUCCUGAUUCAAAAAAGGAAUCCUCCACUAACUCACCAACAAGAGAGUUGCAAUGCAGGCAGGGAUUAACUUGGGGACAGCUGUGUCAAGAGGAUUGUAUCAACCAGCAACAAUCUUUAUGGGCCGCCAAAUGUCAGCCAUCUCAAGCGCUGGAGAUGUUAGUACAGAGCAGAAAUCUCCCCAACCCACGAAGAACUUCAGAACAAUUCUUGACCCACGUUCACAGCAACAGACAGCCCAGAGCAGUGAUGUGACAGACAGCUAUGUAGUCUGCACUAAUAGUGGCACACAGUGCUUAAAUAAGUCUGACAAAAUAGAUGGAAGGACAUCUCUUCAGAUUGGUGAGAAAACGCCAGUCACAGCCAGCCCAUUGUCUGAGGAGGAACAGACUCAUUGCUUGGAGAUAGGAAGCAACUCACGUCACGGCAAGAGUAAUUUAUUUGAAAGCAAAAAGUCUGCUGAACUCCAUUCCCUGUUACGGGGAAGAUUACGUCCAGGGAGCAGAACCACUGAUUUAAAGUGUGACAGUUCCAGCAGAUCAGGGGCAUCAGAGGGAGAAAUACUGACACGGGAACAUAUUGAAGUCAAGGAAGACAGUGCCAGACUACCAGUCGCUCCGAUAUCAGUCUCAGAAUACUGUGCAUCUGAAAAUCAUCCUCCUCACGGGGACCCCGAGGCACAGAAGCCCUUCAGGAAAAUGCAGCAACAGCAGGAAGAGGAAAGUCUGAGCAGCAGCAGUGACCUCACAGUUGCCGUAAGUGAAGAUGGUCUGAUUUUAGAGAGUCCAGAACCACAGCCAAAUCCGAAUGACAAGAUGGAGGGAGAAGAUGGAAUAGAGGCCUUAAAAUUAAUCCACUCUGAGCAAGAAAGAGGUGCCAUAUCCACCGAAAAACAUAAUUGUAUUUUGCAAACUCUAAGCUCUCCUGAUUCAAAAAAGGAAUCCUCCACUAACUCACCAACAAGAGAGCUCUAUAAUCACAGUGACAUUCUGAAAGAAGACCUUGAAGCCUGUGGAACAGCUGUCCUUCACCAGCCUCCGAGACUCUUCCCUGGAGGUGGCAGCCAUGAAAAGCAAGUCAGAUCUGAACAAGCGUCAGCCUCAGGCUUAUUGAGGGCACAGUUGGGUCAGCACAUGGCCACCUUGAAAGAACGUGAUAAUUCUAUCACAGAAGAGGUAGCUAAGAAGUCUGAAGUUUCAGUCAAAAACGUGGACCAGAGGACAGGGUUGGCUGUGAUAAAAUCUGUGCCCACCUCCCUGCCCAGGACACAUGAGGCGAUAUGGGCAGCAGCGUUAUUGAAAAAAGCCCCUACAGAAGAGUGUGACGAUAGUUCGGCCGUUCACAGUAAUGAAUCAUCUUGCAGCUUGCCAUCUAUUCUGAAUGACAGUAGUGGAAUAAAGGAAGCGAAACCCACUCUAUGGCUCAACAGUGUUCUUACAAGGGAACAAGACGUUUCAAGUGGCUGCGGAGACGAGAGCAAGGAAGAGAGCAUGGCAGCAAAGAUUCCAAUCACAGAAACAAAAGCCUACCAGUUGCUGAAGUGGUCUACCCUUCAGGAUAAUACAAAUCAAACUGAAGACAGGUUCCAAAAGGCAGAUGCUUCUGCAUCACAACUGUCAGGUGACUGCCAGUUAAGAAUCAGACUUGAAGCAGAAACAUCCAAGGCUGAAGUCACCCAGGGGGCAGAGGUCAAGGAUUGCCCUGCACGCUGAUAGCAUCAUGGGAACAGUCUGGUUCCCCUGGC